AUGGCCUACACCGAAGUUGAUCAGUUGGCCAUCAACACGAUCCGUGUUCUCGCGGUCGAUGCCACUUCCAAGGCUAACUCCGGUCACCCCGGUGCCCCUAUGGGUCUGGCUCCUACCGCCCAUGUCCUCUUCAACAAGUUCAUGAACUUCAACCCCAAGAGCCCUCGCUGGGCUAACCGGGAUCGAUUUGUUCUCUCAAACGGUCACGGUUGCAUGCUCCAAUACGCCCUUCUCCACCUUUUCGGAUAUGCUGUCAGCCUCGACGACCUAAAGGCGUUCCGUCAAAUCGGCAGUAUCACCCCGGGCCACCCUGAGGCCCAUGAGACCCCUGGUAUUGAGGUUACAACCGGCCCUCUCGGUCAAGGUUUCGCCAACGCCGUCGGUCUUGCCAUUGCUCAGGCUCACAGCGCUGGUGUCUUCAACAAGCCCGGUUAUGAACUUUUCAACAACUACACAUACACCAUCUUCGGUGAUGGCUGUGCUAUGGAGGGUGUUGCUAGCGAGGCUGCUAGCACUGCUGGUCACUUGAAGCUCGGCAACCUCAUUGCUCUUUAUGAUGACAACCACAUUUCCAUUGAUGGUGACACCAAGGUCGCUUUCACUGAGGACGUUCUAAAGCGCUUUGAGGCAUAUGGCUGGCACACCCUUGAGGUCAAGGACGGUGACCACGAUCUUCAGGGCAUUGAGGAGGCCAUCCGCAAGGCCCAGCAGGUUAAGGACAAGCCCACCGUCAUCAAGAUUACCACCACCAUUGGUUUCGGUUCCAAGCUCCAGGGCACUGGUGGUGUCCACGGUAACCCUCUGAAGGCUGACGACGCCGAAAGUGUCAAGAAGGCUUUCGGUUUCGAUCCCUCGCAGAGCUUCGUCGUUCCCCAACAAGUCUACGACCUGUACGGAAAGCAUGCUGCUGAAGGUGCUGCCAAAGAACAGGAGUGGAACAACCUGCUCCAGAAAUAUGGCGGUGAAUACAAGGCUGAACACGCCGAUUUGACCAGACGUCUUGCCGGAAAGCUUCCCGAGGGCUGGGAGAAGAGCCUUCCCACCUACAAGCCAACCGACGCUGCUGUUGCAUCUCGUAAGUUGUCCGAGGCUGUUUUGGAGAAGAUCCACUCCGUUAUUCCCGAGCUUCUCUCCGGUUCUGCCGACUUGACUGGCUCAAACAACACUCGGUGGAAGAACGCUGUCGACUUUCAGCCUCCCGAGUACGGUAUUGGGGACUGGUCCGGUCGUUAUCUCCGCUACGGUGUCCGUGAGCACUCUAUGGGAGCCAUCUUCAACGGUCUCGCCGCUUACGGUACCGUCAUCCCUGCUGGUGGUACUUUCUUGAACUUCGUUUCCUACGCCGCUGGUGCCGUCCGUCUUUCGGCUCUGUCGCAAGUUCGCGCCAUCUGGGUCGCUACCCACGACUCCAUCGGUCUUGGUGAGGACGGUCCUACUCACCAGCCUAUUGAGACACUCGCACAUUUCCGUGCUUUGCCUAACUUGAUGGUCUGGCGUCCUGCCGACGGCAACGAGACCAGCGCUGCCUACUACUCCGCCCUCACUUCCACCCACACACCCAGCAUCCUCGCUCUCACCCGUCAGAACCUUCCUCAACUGCAGAACUCCUCCAUUGAGGUCGCACUUAAGGGUGGUUACGUCGCUGUUGAUGCCCCUAACGCCGCCGUUGCUAUCGUAUCGACUGGUUCUGAAGUCAGCAUUGCCAUCGAUGCUGCUCAGUACCUGAAGGAGAAGCACAACGUUGCUGCCCGUGUUGUCUCCAUUCCUUGCUUCGAAGUCUUCGACGCCCAGAGCAAGGAGUACCGCCUCUCGGUUCUUCCCGACGGCAUCCCCAUCUUGUCCGUUGAGGCUGCUUCUACUCUUGGUUGGGAGCGUUACUCUCACGAGCAAUUUGGUAUCAACCGCUUCGGUGCCUCUGGCCCAUACAAGCAAGUCUACGAGAAAUUCGAGAUCACCCCCGAAGGCAUCAGCAAGCGCGCUCUUGCCACCAUCGACUUCUACAGGGGAGUCAAGCCACGCUCGCCUAUCAACCGUGCUUUCCAGCAACUUAUCUAA